AUGGAUCCAUAUGAUGUGCAAUAUGCCCCUGGAGUACCAGCAGAGGACUCAACAAUGGGGUCGCCCGCUGAGCAACCACAAAUGAAAGAGGAGCCAAAAUCAAACCGAGUUCGGUGGAGGUACGAGAUACCACCAAGAGAUCCAGCCCUUCCUCCCAGGACUCGGAAGCCGAAGGCAGAAAUUUUUAUCGAUUAUUCAACUCGUCGUUCAAGUAAAGACGGUGGGAAGGAUACGGAAACUAAAAGAAGAAAGAAUCGGAAGACCCGUCGGAAGGUUACGGAGAGCUCUGGAAAUGUGGCUGAGCUUUCCCACGACCAUCACACUCGACCAGAAGACGAAGACGAAAGCACGGAACCACCUGUGGACGGAAUUUCGAGUGACGGUCCUCGAUUCCGAGAUUUCGUUCCCGAGCUCAUGGAGAGCAGGACUCGCUCUGCUGGAUUGAAUUCAAGCGGGAAUGCACCUCAACCACUUCCACCAGCGCGCAGACUGAGAGCUCCGAAAAGAAAGCAAGCUGCUCAGGGAAGAGGAGCAAAAAGGAAUGCGCAAGACCAAGUUGAGGAAGAUCCUGAUGGAGCUCCAACUCCCGCACCAGGUGCCGUUGUUGCUCGACUCGGCGGACCGGAAGGGAUUGUUCUGAUUCCAAGAGAUGAGAAUAUGGGUCCGGUGUCAGCAAAUGAGAAUCGUCCAAUCGAGCCAAGUAUUGGAGGAAAUGCAGAAAACGGUCAAGAUGCUCCAAAUAAUGACCAAAAUGAUCAAGAACCAGCGCCACCUCAGCGAAACAGGAAUCAAGAAGAAGACAGCCAUGAUGUUGAGCUAACGGAUGCUCCAUAUGAUGGCCAAAAUGCUCAAUAUGACCCGAGACUCGAUUUUGAGCAACAUUUGCAGCAUGAAAACCAAGUUAUGGAGCAAACAGUUGAAGAAGAUGGUGCCCAGCACGCUCAAGAUCCCGCACCCCCAGUUCAAGUUGCUGAAAAUCAAGUUGCUGGAAAUAAGCAGAAACAGCCAUCUAGAGCAUUUCGAUACAGAGAUCCACAUCUCGAAGAAGAGACUGAAGAAGAUGACGAGUUUGUGGGCACUGAAAUUGGUAACCAAGCGGUUGGCAACCAACUAUUCGCACAAUUCCUGGAACCAGGAACUGGAAAUGAGCAGAGGGAGCAGCCAUCGGGAGCUGUAACACAUGCACUUGGUGUCGUGGGGCAACAAACGCAAGGUGAGGUUCUUUUGAUGGAGCAGCCACCACACGUCCAAGCUCCAGCUCCACCACCUCAGCAAAACUGGAACCAAGUUGUGCGACUUCAAGAACCCGCACCACUUCGGUUCUCUGGCUCAGUGGUACACCCAGUUCAAGCUGUUGAGAAUCAAGCUCCGGGAGUAGUUGCCGGAAAUGAGAAUCUUUCGUUGGAUCAGCAAUUGGGAGCUGGAGCCCUUGCGCUUGGUUUCGAGACACAGCACCAGCAAGACAAUCAGUUGGCGGAUCGUAUCCAGGCUCUACCUCCACCACCCCCGCAAAACUGGAACCCAGCUAUGGACGGUGCUGAAGAUGUGAAUGUCGAUCUCAAACCAACAGAUCUCGCAUACGCAGUUGGUCGUCAGCCGAAUGCCGACAUCAAAGUUGAAGUUGAGGAGCACGGACUCUUUGAUAUGGAUCAUCUAGCUCUUGGCAACGUGGUGGGAGAAGUGGGAGAGGUGGACGAGGAAGAUGUCGUUCUUGAAGACGUCCCUCCAAGAAAUAUGGACGAUGACGACGAGAUCAUCGUUGUUCUCGACGGGCAUGUGUCAGCCGACCGAAAGCUGACUGAUGCUCAGCUCCAGGAUCCAAAAAGAGCAGUGCCAGGAGAGCUGAGAACGGAUCCGGAUGAAAUCGUUAAAUUCAAUGCUCCAUUCGAAAUAAGUCAAGCCUUCAACAUCAAAUUAUGGAAUAAGUCGAAUCGACGGAUCGCCUUCAAAUUGAUCACCGACUCGAACCUCCUCGAAUUCCAUCCUCCCUUUGGAAUUGUGGAGGGACAAGGAGGACGAAUCUUCGUCAAAAUUGAGACAAAAGUCUUCAAAUUCCGUCAAGGAUUCAGUGAUCGGAUCCUUAUCGAGUGGAUGAAUGGGCCUCGUCAUGGAGAUGUGGAGCCGAACUACUUCAUGGAAGGAGGAAUGAAGAAUUCGAAGCCGUUAACUGUGGAGUACAGUAGAUAA